AUUAUUACACAGCACAUGCGCAGAUGCCGUGUUUUCAAACGGCUGGACGCGCUAGCGGCUGAGCGCAGUGACCGAGCCUCACAUUUGUUUUAUUUGUCAAGUUUAUCUUCCAUCACUAGUUUCUCCGAUGGAUUUAGACACUGGAACUUACGAACCAGGGUUUGUCGGGAUUCGGUUUUGUCAAGAAUGUAACAACAUGUUGUACCCUAAAGAAGACAAGGAGAACCGGGUCCUGCUUUAUGCGUGCAGGAAUUGUGACUACCAACAAGAGGCAGACAACAGCUGCAUAUACGUCAAUAAGAUCACACACGAGGUUGAUGAGCUGACACAGAUCAUCGCUGAUGUAUCUCAGGAUCCAACUUUACCAAGAACAGAGGACCAUCCCUGUCCCAAAUGUGGUCACAAGGAGGCAGUGUUCUUCCAGUCCCACAGUAUGAAGGCAGAGGACGCUAUGAGACUGUACUAUGUCUGCACGGCUCCUCACUGUGGACACAGAUGGACGGAGUGAAGCUGAUCAUAAUGUGUCCAUUUUUUUUUAACUGUUGUCAUUUUCAGAUGUGUUUGUUAGAUUAAAAGAAUCAGUUGUUUAAAA